GUUUUUAACAAGGAAUUAUACGGCGUCAAGUUGACGCCAUUCCUCGAUUGUAACAAUGCGGAAUUACAGAUCAUUGGUGAACAAGUUUGCAGUUCUCUCUGGUCGAAGACUCGGAAGGCCUACCGUGGAGAACAUCCGUGUUGGAGGACCCGCGUCGAUGGCGGCCGGAAGUCUCAUUCAACCACGUCGAGGAGCGAACGUAAUCUUCCAACAUGGAAUGAUCAGCGACUGACCGCACUUAAAUCGAGAAAGGGCCGUCAAUUUCCGUAACGCUCGCUGCUAACGCUCGCGCGAGUCAUGAGUGUCGUUCAUUUGUUUCUAGUCAUCGUUGCUCUCCAUCUGGCUGACUGUUCCUUCUUUAUGGACUUUAUGCGUAACAUAAUACAAUCGGGGAGGAACAAGGUGGAUGAAACUGGAAUAUCAUAUCCGACGGUCUAUAAUGUACGAAGGCAGCCGAUAAUUUCCGAUAGCGUUCCAUUUCCUUGCAACGUGCAUUCCGCCAGAUCGCUGUCGACACCGGACAGCGUUCAUCGUCUAAGACCAGGCGACAUCGACGUAAUCGGUGGUCUCGGUGAUUCCUUGGUCGCUGGGAGCGGUGCAUUGGAGGAAUUCGCUGUCGGAACUUUCAUCGAGGCACGCGGGGUCAGCUGGUGCGUCGGAGGUCAGGCUAACUGGAGACGAUUCUUAACACUGCCCAAUAUUUUAAAGGUGUUUAAUCCAAGGUUAACCGGGUACGCUACAGGGACGGGUGAAUUUAUCUCGACCGCAGCGAGACUGAACGUCGCCUUCCCAGUCGCUGCUACCGAGGACGCGUUGCAACAAGCGAGAAUCUUGGUGCGGAGGAUCAAGAGUGACCCAAAGAUAAACGCGAAAAAGCAAUGGAAGCUCAUCACGAUUCUAUUUGGGGCUAACGACGUCUGUUCGGCGCAAUGUUACAACCCGGAAUACUUCUCGCCGAUGCGUUACGCCCUGCAUCUACGGAAAACGCUCGAUUUUUUAAGAAUCACUUUGCCCCGUACGCUGGUCAAUCUGGUUCCAGCCAUAGAUGUCACGGUCUCGGUUAGGGUGACGCGAAGUGCCAUGUGCAAUAUAUUGCAUCCUCUUUACUGUGCUUGCAUGCACAAAGAUGGUCGAUCGGAAAUCGCCGCUUCGAAAAUGUCGCAGCUCUAUCAACAGGCUGCCGAAGCAUUAAUCUACUCAGGAAGAUACGACGAUUCUCCGGAUUUCACGGUGGUUUUGCAGCCGUUUGUUAAAUUAUUCAAUGCACCUAAUGCAGAUCCUACUGGCGCGCCGCCGAUCGACUCCAGCCUGGUUACGUACGACUGUUUCCAUUUUAGUCAGAAAGGGCACGCACUCGGUGCUAACCUUUUAUGGAACAAUAUGUUGGAGCCGGUCGGAAACAAGACGGAAGUGGGCUUGCCGGGAAUACUGCAAAGAGUGCUCUGCCCUACGGAAAGCAGGCCUUACAUCUUCACGAAUGUUAAUUCGCGACUUUUCCGAACAACCGGCCGGCAAGAUGGGAUCGUGCCUAAAUAGCGCAAAAAUUGCAUUUAGGAACGCGUGACAAAUUUGCAUCACUUUACGGCUACAAUUCGAGGAUAUUUUAAGCGAAUUACGGCAAGUUCGAAGUCCACUAUGCCAAUAUCCGGCUGAGGCACGAGCAAUACGGAGAAUUUUGUUUUAUUCAAAUAUACCAUAUCAGGAAAUAACUGAUUUGCAUAGCGGGGACGUCCCGAAAUCUCUCGUUAAGUAUCUCUUUCACAUUCCUACGAGGAGCGCAUUUUCAAAAUGCAAAAGUUAAUAUAUUUAGAAUUCAAAUGAAGAUACUAUAUUUAGCUUUGUACUAUACCUCAUUCUAUUUAAAUAACUGUACAAUUAAAUAUUAAUUUACGCAACGGAGA